UCAUAAGCAUUAACAUUAUGGGUGAAUCUGUGGUGGGUAAAUCUGUCCAAGAACUGUUCUUGGGGUCAAAGGAUUUACCAGAGCAGUAUAUUUACAAAGAUGGUGAAGUUAGUGCUCUUCUUCUAUCGUUGCAGAUUCCAAUCAUUGAUAUUUCUCUUCUGCUAUCUCCUUCCUCACAGCAACAACAGCUUGAGUUGCACAAUCUUCGCUCAGCACUCACUACAUGGGGUUGCUUCCAGGCAAUAAACCAUGGGAUGACAAGUGGGUUUCUGGGCAAAGUGAGGGAACUUUCAAAGAAAUUCUUUGAACUUCCGAAAGAAGAAAAGCAAAAAUAUGAGAGAGAAGAAGGUGAUCAUGAAGGAUAUGGAAGUGACAUAAUUUUCACAGAAGAUCAAAGGCUUGAUUGGACCGAUCGUGUUUACCUCAAAGUGCACCCUGAGCACCAGAGAAAAUUUAAACUUUGGCCCAAACAACCCCAUGAAUUCAGGGAUAUGCUGAUAGAUUAUACGGAGAAGCUAAAACGGUUAUAUGAAGUGAUUCUGAAGGCCAUGGCUAUGUCAUUGAACUUGCAAGAGGAUAGCUUCUUGAAGCAAUGUGGAGACUCAAACAUGUUUGCAAGAUUCAACUACUAUCCUCCAUGCACAAGACCUGAACUCGUUCUAGGCCUAAAGCCUCAUUCAGAUGGAUCCGCAAUCACUUUGCUUCUGCAGGAUGAAAAUGUUGAAGGUCUUCAAAUCUUCAAAGACAACAACUGGCUUAAAGUUCCUAUCAUCCCUGAGGCCCUUGUUGUCAACGUUGGUGAUCAAAUGGAGAUAAUGAGCAAUGGAAUAUUCGAGAGCCCCAUGCACAGAGCAGUAAUAAACUCAGAAAAGGAGAGGCACACAUUAGCUAUGUUUUGUGCUCCUGAUACAGAAGCAGAGAUUGAACCAGUUAAAGAACUGGUUGAUGAGUCAAGGCCAAAGUUAUACAAAUCAAUAAAGAACUACGUUAAGACCUAUUUCCAAUACUAUCAGCAAAAUAAAAGAGCCAUUGAUGCUGCAAAGAUUCAACCCUGUUAGAGUGCUAUUUGGCAUAUAGAAGAUGGAUUUGAGAAAUGGAGAAGUUAAGGAAAAGUACUUUUAUUAUGUUUAGCAAAUGAUAAAGUAGGUUUCUUGAAAUAGGGCUGCCAAUAUUUGUGGGAGAGUUUUCUCAUUCUCAUUUAUUUUCUCAAUUUUAUGUUGUAUCAAUUCUAAAUGAAGUUAAAUAUGUUAUGAAACUAUCAAUGUCCUUUAAUAUCCCAUGCUUGUACAUGGAAAAUUUUUUCUAAAAAAUUAGAAGUUGCAGUAAAAAUUUAACUCUGGAUAAAGUA